AACUAUAUAAUAAUAAGUUGGAAGUGGGUGGAGGAUCAUCAAAGAGAAGACUCUUAUCAUCUUCAUCACAAGGUAAUAUUUGUGAAAGACAAAUAUAUUAUCUAAAGAACAUGGCUGCUACCUCCUCGAGGACCCUUUGGUUACUGCAACUACUGUUGCUAGCUGCUAUAGGCUUGGUGGUUGUGGAUGCCCGUCAUCUUCAUCUUCAUCUUCAUCAUCAUCAUCAUCAUCUUCCUCCUCUAGAUGCUAAUUUCGAAAAGGAAAUGGUAGAGGAACACAAUAAAGUCCGUAGCUCAAUGGGGAUAAGCCCAUUGACAUGGAAUGCGACGGUGGCAGCAUAUGCAGAGGGAUAUGCGAAGCAGAGAUCAGGGGAUUGCGAACUCGUACACUCCAAUGGACCAUACGGGGAGAACAUCUACUGGGCUCAAGGUGCUGAGCUAGAGAACGCCGCAGCUGCCGUGAAGAUGUGGGCCGAUGAAAAGAGUGACUACGACCACGCCACCAACUCUUGCAUCAAUGGGAAGCAAUGUCUCCACUACACCCAGGUUGUCUCGAAGAGGUCUCAACAUCUCGGCUGCGCCCACGUGAAAUGCACCAACAACAAUGCUUACUUUGUCGUCUGUAGCUAUGACCCACCUGGCAACAUAAUUGGACAACUCCCUUACUAAUCAAUCCCAUUAUAGACAUAUUCCGUAUAUGCUUAUUAUGUACAUGCAUGAACCCUAGAUACACCUAUUGGUUCUUUAGGUAUGGUGUGACAACGCCUGUUAUCAUGUACAUUGUCCACAUAUAUAUACGUAGAAUUAAUGUAAUGUAUGCUGCUGCUGCUUGGUCUAAUUUGUCACUAAGCAGUUUUGUUUCCUAGUGUAAUUGCAU